AGAGAAAUAACCAAAAAUCUCAUCAUCUUCUUGUACUCAGUAUUACUUUCUAAACCCUGACAUUUAAUGCACCAUUUUUCAGUUACCCUUUUUGAUCCGUUAUUCGAUAUCUUCGUUCAAAUCAUAUCAUUUUCUUAAUCUCAUUUGAAAAAAAUGGGUUUGAUUUCGGGAAUGAUGUUGGGUAUGAUAGUUGGGAUCGCGGUGAUGGCGGGUUGGCAUCGCAUGAUGCAGCAUCGAAGCAAGAAGCGUACUUCUAAGGCAGCUGAUAUAAAGGUUCUUGCUUCCCUUGGAAGAGAAGAGUUGAAGAAAAUCUGUGGUGAAAGUUUCCCGGAGUGGAUAUCGUUUCCUGUCUUUGAGCAGGUAAAAUGGCUGAACAAGCAGCUGAGCAAGAUGUGGCCAUAUAUAGCUGAUGCAGCAGAGUUGAUAAUAAGGGAGUCUGUUGAACCCCUUUUGGAAGAAUAUCGUCCUCCUGGAAUCACUUCAAUGAAGUUCACUAAACUCACUCUUGGCACUGUUGCCCCUAAAAUAGAAGGCAUUCGUGUCCAGAGCUUCCAGAAAAGUCAAAUAAUUAUGGAUAUCGACCUUCGAUGGGGUGGUGACCCAAAUAUCAUCGUGGGUGUUGAAGCUGCACUUGUUGCUUCAAUUCCUAUUCAGUUCAAAGAUCUUCAAGUUUUCACAGUUGUCCGUGUCAUAUUCCAGCUGGCUGAAGAGAUUCCCUGCAUUUCUGCUGUUGUUGUUGCUCUACUUUCAGAUCCAAAGCCUCGAAUUGAUUACACUUUGAAAGCAGUUGGUGGGAGUCUAACAGCUCUACCUGGCAUUUCAGACAUGAUUGAUGAUACAGUGAACUCAAUUGUGACUGAUACACUCCAAUGGCCUCACAGGAUUGUUGUUCCAAUUGGUGGUAUUCCAGUGGAUUUAAGUGAGUUGGAGCUUAAACCCCAAGGCAGAUUGACCGUAACAGUUGUAAAAGCCAAUGAAUUGAAGAACAAGGAGUUGAUUGGAAAGUCAGAUCCUUAUGCAGUCAUUCAUAUUCGCCCACUUUUCAAGGUUAAGACAAAGGUCGUUGAAGACAAUCUCAACCCCGUUUGGAAUGAAACUUUUGAGGUGAUUGCAGAGGACAAGGAGACACAAUCUCUAAUCAUUGAGGUCUUUGACAAGGAUAUCGGGCAGGACAAGAAACUUGGCAUUACCAAAUUGCCUCUAGUGGAUCUGGAGCCUGAUACUCUUAAAGAAAUUGAUUUAAGAUUGACACCAUCACUUGAUAUGACUAAGGUGAAGGAUAAGAAGGACAGAGGAACUAUUACGCUCAAGGUGAUGUACCAUGCAUUCAACAAAGAAGAGCAACUAGCUGCUUUGGAAGCAGAGAAGUUGGGUGUGGAGGAGAAAAAGAGGAUGAAGGAAGCAGGUCUGAUUGGGAGCACAGUGGAUGCACUUGAUGGAGCUGCAUCAUUAGUUGGAUCCGGGGUCGGAAUGGUUGGGAGUGGUGUUGGCGCUGGUGUCGGACUCGUGGGUUCAGGUCUUGGAGCUAUGGGCAGUGGCCUUAGCAAAGCGGGAAGAUUCAUGGGAAGGACGAUUACAGGGCAUUCUACUAGCAGGAGGAGUGGCUCAAGCACUCCUCUGAACCAGGAAAAUGGUAGCAUGAAAUCUCAGUAAUCAUUUGUAGAUAAAAUCAGUAGCUCAUUUCAGGUGAACUUGACCAGUGUGUUUCUUAGCCUCUUUGCAAAUACUUUUGUGAUUAUUAUAUGUUCUUUUUUCUUUAAAUCUCUAGGAAUUCUUGUAUUUCUUGCACAGCAAUUUCUUCUCCAAUCAUAAUCCAUUUAAAUCUCUUGGACUUCUUGUA